UGGGAUACGCCAUAAUGACGAGGCACACAGAGAACUGUUAGAUCCGGCUUCCAGAACCAUGACCUCUGCACUGUGUCUCAGCCCUCUUCUGGUUGUGUUGUGUCUGCUCUGUUGCUCUGAAGAGGCCUGCCCAUCCAUGUGCCUCUGUGUAUCUGACACAAUCAGCUGCAGCUCCACCUAUCUCACCAAGCUCCCUCACUCUCUGCCCACCUUCUCCGUCACCCUGGACCUCAGCCACAACCGUCUCUCCUGGCUCGGUCCAAGUAGCUUCAGUAAGAUGCCCAAAUUACAAAACCUCCGCCUGGCCAACAAUCAGAUCAGCACUCUGGGCUACACCGUGUUUCACAACACCUCCGGCCUGAGACACCUUGACCUCUCCUCCAACAAGCUGCAUGUUGUGGAGCAGCACUAUUUUCAUGGGCUGUGGAGGUUGGAGGAGCUGCUCCUCUACAACAAUAAGAUCACACAGGUGGAGGCCGGCUCACUGAGCGGACUGAGUAGCUUAAAAAAGGUCUAUUUCAGCCUCAACCAGAUCACAAACUUCCCAUUUUUCUCCAUCCUAGAUCACAGUAAUCCAUUCCUCACUAUGCUGGAUUUGUCAUCCAACCGUAUGACGACGUUGCCGUGGGAGGAUGUGAAAGCUUUGCCCGGGUUGGUGCAGAGGGGGUUGUAUCUCCACAACAACUCUCUAAUCUGCGAGUGCUCCAUGUACAAUGUCUUCUUGCACUGGGAAAUGAGGGGCUACAACUCUCUAAAGGACUUCUUUGAUGAGCACAAGUGCACCAUCUACGGGGAACACCGAGUGUCCAUCCGCUUCCUGCAACACUCACGCUUCUUUCACAACUGCACUAUGGAAAAAGCAGUUUCGCAGCCUGUCACGGUGCUCCUGUCCAGUGUGUUGGUUUUAGAAGGAGAACAAGUACGUUUGGACUGCCUAACAUCGCUGAGUGGCAGGAACCUCUCUUUUAUGUGGCUCUCUCCAGUCAAUGGUUACAUCACCCAGGCAAAUUUCAAUGACACAUUAAUUAGCCUGCUUCCUAAUGGCACCUUGGAGAUCCAUGCAGCCAAGGUGAAUGACUCUGGUCUGUACGUGUGCACAGCGGUAGACAUUAAACAGGCUCUGAAUGCAACCCGAGAGGUGAACGUGACAGUGGUACUUGCUGCACCUGAGUCAUUCAGUACGGGCUACACCACGUUGCUGGGCUGCGCAGUCACCAUGGUUGUUAUCCUCUUGUAUCUCUAUCUCACUCCGUGUCAGUGUGGCUGCUGCAAACAGCCCAAACAGCAACUUAUCCCAGUUGCAACCUAUGAAACCAGCACCCUUUCCUCUGUUGUUUCCCCUUCCCCCAUAACCCACCGCGACAUCAGCACAAAUAAGCAGCUGGCCUUUAUGGAGGCCAUGGCGGAUGAUGAUGAAACCGAGUGGAUGCCUGGGUGCUGAUGCAGAUUUUUUUUCUUAUAAUAAUAGAAGCAGAAAACGUCUGGAUGGACCAAAACUCCUUAGUCAGGACUUAGCAGUGAUAUGUCAUUAGAAGUGAGUUGAUUCUGUCAAGGUAAAAGAACAUCACCUCGCUUUCCCAGCUCAAAGUUGCCAUUUAAAGGCCUCCUGAACAAAGAGAAGGGAGCGGAAGCAAUAUCUCCUGAGGCAGUUCUACUCUUCUCUCUCAUCUAACCUGCAGUCCGAAUGAAAGUUUCAACUUUGGUUCAUUACCCUCAGUGUACUGACAUUGCUAAAUCGCAGCAGAGCCAUUAUCAUGCCUGAAAAUCAUCUAAUAGCUUCUCCGUUUACUCAGGAACAGCUCCAGUGAUGAAUAUUUCUCUUGGCAUGGAUGAAUGGCUCCACUUUUCACAGAAAGUGUUUAAACAGGAUUAAAAGUACUGAAAAAAUUAUGUACGUUCAUGACAGGAAGGCAGUGGAGCUGGCUGUACAGUUGAUUAUAGGCAUUUGGUAUUUGGAAUAGGUGCUGCUCCAAUUGAAGAUAAAUAUGAAGCCCAGACAUCUUAUACUGCAUUUGCAUGAUGGGAGAAAAACACAUUUAGAGUUAGUACAGGAGUAGGGGGUGGAUUUGGAGUUUAAACCCUUCCCAAAAUGUUCCUCACAUAUGCUGGCAGACAUGAAACUGUUUGAAGCUUUGAACCAAACAAACCAAAUGUGCAACAAAGCAAUUCAUUGUACUCAAAUGCUUAAAAUUGUAAAUGCAGAAACUGAAUCACACACUGAUUCAUUGUUUCAAAAACACAAUAUAUGAGUACGUAGGAGUUGGAUCACCAAUUUCUAGACCUGGGGUUGAUUCCCGGUGCUGCCUGUCUGUCUCCUUGGACAUGACACUUCAAGUGUAUCAUCUCAGUCCAGCCAGCUGUCAAUGGGUACCAGUCUUAGCUGGAGAAGUAAGGUGUGUUGGAGUGGUAUUCCUUCAAGG